GAAAUUAACGCUGAACGUUUGUCUCGUUAGUCACGUUGUUGUGAGCAUUGUAUAAAAUAUAUGUAAAGAAAAAGCAAUUGACUCGCAUUUAACCUCGCAACCACAUUUAGCGCGCUCACACAUAUACUAUUGCAUAUAGAGUCAAUCGAGGACACGCGGGAGCUAAAACCUUAGUUAAUUUUAUUUCAUAAAGAGAAAGUCAAUUUAUUGUAUGAGUCAAAAAACUGAAAGACCAGUGCUAUCAGGUCAACGCAUCAAGACCAGAAAAAGAGAUGAAAGAGAAAAAUAUGACCCAACGGGCUUCCGUGAUGCGGUCAUUGCUGGUCUCGAAAAAACUGAAGGCGACUUGGAUCAAAUCUCUAAAUAUCUAGACAGUGCAGGCAACAAGCUCGAUUAUCGUCGUUACGGUGAAGUGCUGUUUGAUAUACUUAUUGCUGGUGGUUUAUUAGUCCCUGGCGGUUCUAUAUCUCAAGAUGGCGACAAGCCACGCACAAAUUACUGCAUCUUUGAUGCACCCGAAGAUAUGGAAGCAAUGCGCAACCAUGAACAGGUGUUUGUCAAACUCAUCAGACGGUAUAAGUACCUUGAGAAAAUGUUCGAAGAGGAAAUGGGUAAAGUUCUGUUGUUCGUAAAAGGCUUUACGCCAAGUGAACGUAUCAAACUUGCGCGCAUGACUGCGCUCUGGUUAGUUAAUGGCUCUGUACCGCCAAAUGUUUUGCAUGUGCUAAACAAUGAGCAUCUAAUCAAGGAUGGCAUUGCUCUUGAAUUUUUAUUGGAGCUCUUUUUGACGUUCAAACAAGAGAAGGGCAUCGCAUAUCUAAUACAGGCGCUUAAGAAAGGUGGACUGGAAAGCAAACUUAUGGACUUUUUCCCACCAAACAAACGUACUGAGGAAUAUUUUAAACAAGUUUUUCUUGACAAAGAACUAAAUGAGAUCGUUAAAUUGCAUAAGGCACAGGCCAGCCAGGAGGCCAAACGUGAACUACAGCAAACUCUUAUCGAUGAUAUUAAUGACGAGAAAGCACAUAAUGAAAUAACGUCUGAUAUCAAGGAGUUUGCUCUACGCAACAACAUUCCUGAUCAUGAAAUUAUCGUUAUUAUUUGGUCCACUAUCAUGUCAUUGGGAGAAUGGAAUAAGAAGGAGGAGCUUGUCACCGAUCAAGCUGUCCGCCAUCUGAAGGCAUAUUGCCCACUUAUGCAAGCAUUUGCUUCAACAGAUCGUUCAGAAAUGGCGUUGAUCUUGAAGGUGCAAGAGUUCUGCUAUGAAAACAUGAAUUUUAUGAAGGCGUUCCAAAAGAUCAUAUUGCUGUUCUACAAAACCGAAGUACUGUCUGAGGAGAACAUACUGCGCUGGUAUAAGGAUAGUCAUUCUACCAAGGGCAAGAUGCAUUUCCUUGAACAAAUGCGUAAAUUUAUUGAAUGGCUACAAUCGGCCGAAGAAGAAUCUGAGUCCGAGGAUGAUCAGAAGUUGGGCGAUUAACAAGGGCAAUGUCAACAGCCUGAAACAACAACAGAGCCACCACCACUACCCCCAUUGUAAUUCACAUUUCAACAGCCAACCGAACUACACUUCCAUUUGGAUAUUUAUCUAGAUGUAAACAAGACCUAUGCACUCUGCAAUAAAUUAAAGAGAGGAGACUCACAGAAAGAGAGAGGGAGGAAGCCAAGCCGCAAAAUUCGAAAUUUACUGUACACAGUUAAAUUUUUUUUUACAUAACGCUUUCUCCACUUGAAAUUUUUAAUUAUUUUCUUUAAAGUGAGCUAUACAUAUAAUAUUUAAAAGAAUUCCAAAAAAAAAAUAACUGAAUAUAGUUGUCAAUAAUAAUCUCUCCGAAAACAAUGUUCUGUAUAAAGAAUAGAUAAUUUAUCACUUUCAAUAAUGGAACAGGCAAUUAUUUUAAGUUACUUCUGGUCAGAAUUUAUUGAAAAUAGCAUAUGAAAUUUAUAUAUAUUUGACUGAUAUACAACUGUAUAUACAAAUAAUGUCUUGCGGAACAACACAUAAACACAAUCAAUGCAGAAAUGGGGAAAAAUAAAGAAUAAAUCAUAAAAUAUUUCACAAAAAACAUAUGCAUAAAAUAAAUAAAUGAAAAAAAUGAUCAACAAAGACAACAAUCUGGUUUUUAUGAAGAAUGGAGGAGUCUUUACGAUGCUAAAGAGUUUGGGCUGCAUAGUCAAACAAAUUGGGGUUUGUUUUAGGAAAUACUGUUUUUAUUCAACAUAAGUUUUUAUUUAGGUGUAAUUUUAUUGUAGUUGUAUGUAUUUCAAGUUACUCGGUGUUAUUAUAAUGCAUAUGCUAUUGAUCUAUGCUAAGAUUUUUACUUGAACUCACAUAUUUAAAUACAAUUAUGAUUGCAUGGAUCAGAUAUUAACGUGCGAUUAAAAGUGAUACGACAAAGCGGCAGCUUAACAUAUAUAAAUAAUUUGAAGUAACUAAUUUCCAUUUUUUUUGUUUUUGGUAAUUAUAUACGUAUACGAUUUAUAUGAAUUGGAAGCAGGUUAAACAGGAUACAAUUAACAAAUUUAGCAAGUUUUUAUUAUAUUUAUGGGGCCACUUGGCAAUACUUCGAUAACUUGGCGUGCAUGAAUAAAUGUAACUUUGUCAAACAACAACA